AAUAAGGAUUGAAUUAUCCAUACCAUAACUGUUCAUUAAUAGGUACAGAAAGAUACUUAAGACCUACAGUGGCAUAUAUGCAGAAAUCUUGAGAGAAACCUGGUUUACUAUUUCUAUCUCUCCCUGGAAGAUGGAUGCUUUUGAGGGAAUCCAUGCUGUGUGUAUUUCAUCUUCUCCCUCAGUAUUAUCCACAACAUGCCCUGGAUAUGAGCUCGUGGUGACAGGCAGCAAAGGAAUAGCGCUGUACUCCUCCCAUGCCUUUUUUGGAAAAGAGUAUUCUUCAGGUCAGCAGCAAAGCAAGUGCAGCAGAUCUAAAAAGGAGGAAUGUCCUGUUGGAAAGUUAAUAGACCUGGAGGCAGAGCUGGAACCUGAGAUGGAGUCCGGAGUAGGCCGGAGGGAGACAAUGCUCCAGGAGGAGAAAGAGAGUCAGAGGCGAGAAGCCUACAGCCUGUCACGCCUCCGAAGCUCCUCUAUCGAGAUUAGAGAGAAAGGCACUGAGUUCCUCAGAGAGCAGCUGGAUGCUGCGCAGAAGGAGUUAAAGCUAAAGGGGGAGGAAUGUGAGCGACUGUCUCAUCUGAGAAACCAGCUGGAGCAGGAACUAGAGGAAUUGACUGCAAGUCUUUUUGAGGAGGCUCACAAGAUGGUUCGAGAGGCCAAUGUUAAACAGGCUGCUGCUGAAAAACAACUAAAAGAGGCACAGGGCAAGAUUGAUGUACUACAGGCAGAAGUGACUGCACUAAAGACCCUUGUGUUGACUUCUACUCCAUCUUUCCCUAAUCGCCAGCUUCACCCACAGCUUCUGUCCCCAGGCUCCAAAGGAGCUUCACCUCGGCCGGGACACUCGCGCAACAAGAGCGCCACCUUCUCUGCGGCUCAGCUACAAUCAGAGUCACCCAGUGAUAAUACACACAUAGGAAGGGAAGAAAAAGAGUUGGACUCUGUGCUGUUUGCUGAAUUUUUGUCUUGGAGAGAGAAACCAAGUCUGGAUCGGUCAUCUGCCUUCCUGACCCGGAUCUACAGGGAAGACAUCGGGCCCUGUCUCUCUUUCACAUGCUCAGAACUUUCUCAGUCAGUUCAGAAAGCUGUGGAGAAUAACUUUUUGACUAUCGAGCCUGUUGCUUUAACUACGUUGCGCAUGGACAAGGCAUCGACUGUUGAGUUUGGAGGACCCAAUGGCUGCCGAGCACCAGUAGAGACGAAGUGUGCCCUGAGUGGAAUGUCUCAUUUCUGCCGACAUCGCAUUAAACUAGGAGAUAAAGAGAAUUAUUACUACAUCUCUCCCUCCAGCAGAGCUCGGAUCACAGCAGUGUGUAACUUCUUUACUUAUAUCAGAUACAUCCAGCAGGGUCUGGUCAGACAUGAUGCUGAGCAGAUGUUCUGUGAAGUGAUGCGUUUGCGACGGGAGAUGUCUGUAGCCAAGUUAGGGUUCUUCUUCGCAGAUGAGAACUGAACAAUGCCCAGAUUCAGUCGCGAGUUUUCUACAUCAGCAGUUUGAAAUCAGAAGCAGAUUUCCUUACAGACACACUCCAUUAUGGUAUCAGUGACCGAUACAUUAAAAGCCCAGAGGAAAUAUGUGAAAAGAAUUCUGCAGUGACAAUCAGUAUUGGACUGGAGUGAGAUUUUUUCACUCUUUUUAUACUCUGUGUAUAACAGCACAGUUCUUACUAUGGAGCAAAUAUGUAAUUAAUGUUGAGGUAAUUUUUAGAUAAUUUGUUGGUGCCGGUACAGUUUACAGAACUUAAAGUGGGAAGCUGUUUAACGCACAGUCUCUAUAAGAUGCUUGUUAUAACAAGCACAGGUUCACUUACCAUUCAAGGACACACUACAUGUCAAUUAGGGCUCUAAGAUAUUCAGUAAGUAGCAUCAUUUUCUAGAAUUUGUAAAAGUGCACAUAAGGAGAAAUUCAUUCAAUCAGACACAGAUUUAUUUUAAUCAGUGUGAAGUCAUUUAAUGAAAGUUUGACCUGGAGUUACAAAGCCUGUAUUUCCAGGAUAAAGCCUUUAGUGUCUUGAUGAUAAUUGAGGAUUCUGAUGGUAUAGAUUCAACAUUUAUAUCUGCACAGGUUAUACAUGAGCAUGAAUGCUGGGCUUUAAAGUCUUUAAAAAGGUACACAUAUUUAGGUGGGGCUCCUUUAUAUAUACGUGUGUGUGUGUGUGUGUGUGUGUGUAUAUAUAUAUACAACAAUUGCAUGAUUUGACAAUCAAAAAGGCUUGUUUUUUCCUAAGCAUUUUGUUUACUCUUGCCACAGCACAAAUCUAUGCAAAGUUCAUAGUUCUUUAUUCAUAUCAAGAAUAGUAUCAGACCUAUACACCUAUCAUUGAUGUAUAAAUCAUUAAUUAGGUAAGGGAGGAUCUUGUCAUUUAAUAAAAUGUUUUAUGACUAAAUGUUAAGAGCUUUAUACAACAGUUUGAGUCAGAAAGCAUAUUAGUUGCACAAAUCUUCAAGAUAAUACUGUUUAACAAUAACUAGCUUUUUUUUCCUCCUUUAUGUUUACAUCUAACUGCUUGCCUAGCGGAUUAAUACAACAAAAUAAAACAAUACAACAUAAUAUUGAGUAGUGAGUAUG